AUGUCGACAGCAGCAACGGCGGCGCCAGCAAGCCCCAACGCACCCGCACCACCAUGCUCCGAACAGCAGAAGACGGCGACGGGGACAACGACAACGGAAUCUUCUUCCUUGAAGGACGUAGCAGCAGCAACAACAACAGCAGCAGCAGCGGAGGAGGAGACGACCAAGCCCAAGCUCCCGCCCUUGACCCCGGCCGAGUUCCGCAUCUACAACCACAUGGCCGAGCACAUGGAGCUCUUCCACAACCACUUCCGCGCGACCUGGAACCUGCUGUGGACGGCCUGCACCACGGGCCGCCGCCCGGCCGGCAUGUCCCUCAAGGCCUUCGUCAACGAGGGCCUGCAGUUCCUCAGGCACCUCGAGGUCCACCACAACAUCGAGGAGACCCACAUCUUCCCCGUCCUCGCCCGCAAGAUGCCCGAGUUCAAGGCCGGCAAGGGCAACGGCGCCGCCGAGCUUUUGAGGCAGCACAGGCAGAUCCACAAGGGCAUGGACGGGCUCGAGGAGUACCUCAGGGAUGUGCAGGCCGGGAGGCAGGAGUUCGAUCUCGGGAGGUUGAAGGAGAGGAUGGAGGGCUGGGCCGAGGUGCUCUGGACUCACUUGGACCAGGAGGUCAAGACCCUGGGUGCGGAAAACAUGCGACUCUACUGGUCCGAGUCCGAAAUGCGCAGAAUGCCCAUGUGA